CUUAGCUUAAUGCUCUGCUUGUUUUUGAGCUAUUCUCUUACUACCGACUGUGUUAAACAAGAUUGUUUUAUUCAUAAUUAUUUUAUUAUAUAUCAACAAUAGUAUCACUCAAAUAUAUAAAUUGGAUCAACUUAGACUAUUGGAGUGCAUGGUUUAUGAUUAUUAUAAGGUUCAAAUUGGUAAAAGCCAAGAUGCCCUUCAUCUAAAUUAUUGGUUAUGAUUCGUACACACUAUAUUGAUUAAUUCUUGUUUUUCUUCUUCAGAUAUACAUAUAACCCCAAAUGAAUGUAUAGUUUUUCCAAUCCUCAAACACACACACACACACACAAAAAAAGGUAAAAAAUUAUGGCCCAUUUCCUGAAAUAUUCUAAUCCCUUUGGUAAGACAAAUCUGCUACCACAAAAACAGUACUUGAGUUCAACCUUUCGAUUUCUUUCACUUGCACUUACCAUAACACUACUCUGCCUAUUAUCACCUCAAUUGUUCAGUUUCUUCUCUUCAUCAUCAUCAUCACUUCCAUGGCUCAAAUCUCACAUGUUCAGCUUUAGUAGUUUUCGAAACAAGUGCAGCAUUUUUAGAGGAAAUUGGGUUUAUAAUCCUGACAAGAGGCCUUUCUACACUAACUUCACUUGCCCUGAGAUCUAUGAUCAGCAGAAUUGUAUGAAGUUUGGAAGACCAGAUUCUGAGUUCUUGAAAUGGAGUUGGAAACCAGCAGGUUCUACUUGUGAUGAUCUUCCUAGUUUUGAUGCUGCUCAGUUCUUGGAGCUUGUUAAAGGCAAGUCAAUUGCCUUUGUAGGAGACUCUGUGGCCAGAAAUCAAAUGCAGUCAUUGUUGUGCCUCUUAGCCACAGUAGAAUAUCCAACAAAUGUGUCGUAUAAGAGUACAGAUACAAAGUUCAGACGUUGGCUGUACCCAAAUUAUAAUUUCACACUAGCGUCGUUUUGGUCACCUUAUUUGGUCAAAGCCCAUGAAGCUGACCCAAAUGGCACAGUCCACAAAAAGCUGAUGGACCUUUAUUUAGACCAAGUUGAUAAUGCAUGGACGGCUCACAUGGAGUCAUUUGAUUACGUUAUAAUCUCAGCCGCACGAUGGUUCUUUGGUCCCGAAAUAUACCACGAGAAUGGUGUUGUCGUUGGGUGUAAUUAUUGCCUGAAAAACGACAUCAAAAACCUGACAAUGGCUUAUGGCUACAAAAGGGCUUUUAGGACAGCCUUCAAGGCUCUUUUGGGGCUUGAAAAGUUUAAAGGAGAGGUAAUUCUGAGGACCCUUUCACCUGCUCAUUUUGAGAAUGGUGAGUGGAAUAAAGGUGGGGAGUGUAAGAGAACAGAGCCGGUUUUGAGGUCAGAAAUGAAGCUGAGUUGGUUUGAGAAAGAGCUGUAUUUGGGUCAGAUUGAAGAGCUGAGAGUAGUUGAAAGUGAAGGUAAGAAAAAGGGUGUGAGGUUUAGGGUUAUGGAUGUAACUGAAGCCAUGGUAGCAAGACCUGAUGGGCAUCCAAACCAUUUUGGGCACUGGCCACAUGAAAAUGUCACUAUUGCUGAUUGUGUUCAUUGGUGUUUGCCUGGGCCCAUUGAUACUUGGAAUGAGUUUUUGUUUCAAAUGUUAAAAGCAUGAGUCAAAUCAAAUUCAUUCAUCAUAUAACUUUAUUUGAUUUUUUUUAUAAAGGGGUUUUCUUUUUUAAA